AUGUCGGCGGUAAUGCUUCCCAGAAAGGUGACUCGAAAAUGGGAGAAACUCCCGGGGAAGAACACUUUCUGCUGCGACGGACGUGUGAUGAUGGCCAGGCAGAAAGGAGUAUUUUACCUGACGCUGUUUCUCAUCAUUGGGACCUGCGCUCUCUUCUUCGCAUUCGAGUGCCCGUACCUGGCUGUCCACCUGUCUGCUGCCAUCCCGGUCUUUGCUGUGGUGCUCUUCCUCUUUGUCAUGGCCAUGCUGCUGAGGACCAGUUUCAGUGAUCCGGGCGUGCUACCCCGUGCCCUGCCUGAGGAGGCCAACUUCAUCGAGAUGGAGAUUGAAGCAGCCAAUGGCAACAUCCAGGCUGGCCAACGUCCUCCUCCCCGCAUUAGGAACGUGCAGAUCAACAACCAAAUCGUCAAGCUGAAGUACUGCUACACCUGCAAGAUCUUCAGGCCUCCUCGCGCCUCCCAUUGCAGCAUCUGUGACAACUGUGUGGAUCGUUUUGACCAUCACUGCCCAUGGGUUGGGAACUGUGUUGGAAAGAGGAACUACCGCUACUUCUACCUGUUCACACUCUCUCUCUCCCUCCUCACCAUCUACAUCUUCACUUUUGAUAUUGUCCACGUUGCACUGCGCUCGGUGGACUCUGGAUUUUUGAACGCUCUUAAAGAAACCCCUGGAACUGUGAUAGAGGUCCUGGUGUGCUUCUUCACACUCUGGUCUGUGGUGGGACUGACCGGCUUCCAUACGUACCUGAUCUCCCUCAACCAGACCACCAACGAGGAUAUAAAAGGCUCGUGGUCGGGGAAGAACCGUGUCCAAAACCCAUACAGUCACAAGAACAUCAUGAAGAACUGCUGUGAGGUGCUCUGUGGUCCCACUUACCCCAGUGUUCUGGACAGAAGAGGGGUGAUGGCAGAAGACUCUCUUAGCUCCACACCUUCUCCACCCACUUCUGAUGUUGUAGCCACCAAGAGUAACCCAGUUACACCAAACACAAAAACCACGGCUCCACUGAUCCCUAACGAGCACACUCCUGACGAGGCCAAGCCCAGUAUUGCUGCAGCUGCCCAGAAGACCACGAAAGAGGAGAAAGUGUCCAGCCCUAGGGACUCUGGCCCUAAAGUAUCCCCUGCCCCCAUUGUUGUCAAGGAGUCUGCCCACUAGGUCUUUGCCACAUACCUUUAAACACUCGUCUGUUAAGGAACUCACACAUUUAAACUGUGGAAAAAGUGUCAGAGAGAGACUCUGAAUGAGACUCUGAGGCUCAGAGCAGUGUCUGUUCUUCAGUGCCCAUGUCCAGAUGAACAGCCUCUCAAAGCGGCCACUCCCUCACUGUUGAAGGCUCCUGGAGGCGCCUCGCCACCACUCCCUUUUUCUCUAAAACGCUGCAUGACACAAACACGUACAAACUGACUCGUGUUUUGUUGACUGUCUACCUGCAAUGCUUUCCUUCAAGUGGCAUUACUUGUUCCUGAAUGGCCAUUUACCAUUCAUUGAUGUUCCAUCCAUUUGAACUAAUCUAAACCCUGUAGAACAUGCAAUUCUAGAUUCUGUAGUACUUGGUGCAACAGGUCCUAUGCAACACAGAAAUGGCUUUGAAGAUGGUGAGAACUGUCGUGCAGGAUUCGAUUAAAUAUGAACGGUUGACCUAUGAUCAGACCGGACACAUUGACAUUGGACUGAAUAUGAAUUUGCUUUGGCUGUGGUUCCCCAUAGGCGUAACCGCACACCUCCCUGCUUCCUACAUCAUCUUAUUAUUGUUUUAAAGCAUUAAUUUAGGCAACAGUAAGUUAACUCACCUGUUUUCUUUAAUGUCAAAAGCAUCUGUGCUUUACUGAGACCUGCAUUCAAUAUGAAAUGUUUCAGGUCAGUACAUGAAGGCCACUCACAGGCAUCUCUUGUGUUUCAGCGAAGCCGGCCUGUUGUCGACAGACACUAGUAACAGUGCCUUAUCUGAAAGCUGCACUAUCUCAGACAACUAAGGCCAUUCGCAGAGAAACACUUCAGAUUUUCAUGUCAUAGUACUAAAUAUUCUAUGUUGAGUAUUAAAGAGUUGGCUUUUUUGUUUGACAGAACACCAAUGAUACGCUGACAAGCAAAAAAAAAAAAAGUAAAAACAAAGAAAGCCAUGGUAUAAAUGUAUAUAGUGUAAAGUAAGUUGUGGAUCUUCUACAAGAAGUGGCUGAAUUUGCCUCAUUCACCUGGUGACUGUGCACCCUCCUACUGCAUUCAUCCUCAUCCUCUCCUGGUCUUUUCCCUGUAGGCAAUUUUUGUUCUCAGUAUUCCUGUUAUUUUCUUUUUCCUUCUGUCCCUCCUGUGAGUGAGUGAUGAUCACUCAGAGCUGACAGAUCCCCGCUGUGAGCAGCAAAGCUGGAGAAAGAGUAGAUGGGAUUUAGUUCACAAAAUUUUCAUCAUCUGAGAGACGCCAGGCCCUGGGAACUGAAGAGUGUUUACAAGAGAUCGAAGAUGCAUCAAAUGAUGUAGGCAACAUAUUUAACCCAUGCUAGUCUGUGAUCUGUGCGAGUGUCUUUUCUUUCAAUGCAUUUUAUUCUUUCUUUGUAAGCUAGAGUAGGUGCCUCUCUGUGUGUAUGCUUAAGCAAAGUUUUAGUGGAAGGAUGUUCUAGGUGUUAAAUGAUGAACGAUUGCAAAUUCACAGAAUUCACAGAAGCCUGUGGAAUAUUGUGUGCUGGAUGAAACCUUUUUUGUCAUAUUGUUCCUUUUCUUCUUCUUCUUCUCCCUUUUUUGUGCUAAUUGGAAUGGGGUGGGGCAAUAUGUGAUUACACUUUGUUUUUUUGAGAAAUAUGACCAAGCAGAAUUUGUCUCUUAAGAUUCAAAAGGAAGAGAGCAAGCAGUCAGUAUUUGUGAUUUCUGUGAAAAGAUUUGGAACUGAUGGGCUCUCUCUCUCUCUCUCUCUCUCUCUCUCUCUCUCUCUCUCUCUCUCUCUCUCUGUAAAUAUAUGUGAGAGUGUGAGCGAGAGUGGGAGAGAAUGAGAGAGAGAGAGGGAGAACUUUUACCAAGAGAAAAUUUGCUGAUAUUUAUGGAUACAUUUGCAUGUUAACAGCUAGUUUCCUAUAUAAUUUUCAGAGCUGUUUUUGAGUCAUCUAAGUUGCUUUUUUCAGUUGAGUAGUACUCUGGAUCUGUACCUUCAAGCACCAGUAAAAAAUUGCUGCAACUGACAGGUCAGAUUCUGGUUCUGCUUUAUCAGAGGCCUUUGACCACCAACAGCAGAUCACGGUUACAAACCACUGAAAUGCGUGAUGUGCAUUUAACAUUUUAGCAAACUCUGAGCUAUUUUGAUACGUUUUUUGCCAAUUUCGUAGUAGGAGUCAAUAUUAAUGUUAAUAUUCUUCAAUAUAAAUAUUCUUUAUUCUUUAAUCAGCAGGCCAGCGGGAUUAACAGUGUUCAUUUCAUGGUUCAGCUUAAAAUAAUGGUCAAUCAAAAAAUCAAUCAAUUAAACAACCUAAUGCCAAGUCAUUGUAGGGGUUAAAAUGUAUUGAAAAAUUAGCAAAGGAAGGUCGGCUCUAGAUAUGUUUACAAAUGUAGAAUGUAUACUGUAUAAGGCAUCACAGGUUGAUUUAUGUUCACUUUUCUUUGUAUUGACACUGUGAUUCUCUCAUACUUACUUCUCACUUCUUUUUACAUGCUGGAUCGGUGUGUGUGUGUGUGUGUAUGUUCAUUAAAUUAUACAAUGUCUUAUUA